CCCCGGUGCCUCAGCCGGUCCGCCACCGCGCCUCCACGAUGCGGGCAUCCUGGUGCCCAGGGCUGUCACUCCUUCUCUCCUUCGUUGCAGGUGGUUUUGUUAAAACGGCAGCCAGCUCAAGAAGUCAUAGAUCACUGGCAUUUGCAGACCAGCCUGGCAUCUGUCACUAUGGCCCUAAAGUUGAAUGCUGCUAUGGAUGGAGAAAGAACAACAAAGGACUCUGUGAAGCCAUUUGUGACAAUGGAUGCAAGUAUGGUGAAUGCGUGGGCCCAAAUAAAUGCAAAUGUUUUCCUGGAUUUACAGGGAAAACUUGCAGUCAAGAUAUGAAUGAAUGUGGACUGAAACCUCGCCCCUGUAAACACAGAUGCAUGAACACUCACGGCAGCUACAAGUGCUAUUGCCUCAGUGGCUACAUGUUGAUGCCUGACGGCACCUGUUCCAAUUCCAGGACGUGCGCUAUGACAAACUGUCAGUAUGGCUGUGAAGACACCAAAGAUGAGGUCCGGUGUCUGUGUCCAUCCACUGGGCUACAACUGGCACCUAAUGGAAGAGCCUGUAUAGAUGUUGAUGAGUGCUUGUCCGGUAAAGUUCUCUGUCCCUACAAUCGGAGAUGUGUGAACACAUUUGGGAGCUACUACUGCAAAUGCCACAUCGGUUUUGAACUGAAAUAUAUCAAUGGGCGCUAUGACUGUGUAGAUAUAAAUGAAUGUACUGCAAACACUCACAAGUGCAGCAUUCAUGCUGACUGUCUCAAUACCCAAGGUGCUUUUAAGUGCAAAUGUAGACAAGGAUAUAAGGGCAAUGGACUUCAUUGUUCUGUUAUUCCUGAAAAUUCUGUGAAAGAAAUCUUCCGGACGCCUGGAACCAUUAAAGACACCAUCAAGAAGUUGCUUGCUCAUAAGAACAGUGUAAAAAAGAAUGAAGAAAUAAAGAAUGUGAUCCCAGAACCUGCUGUGACUCCAGCUACCAGCAUUCUGUUGCAUUCAUUCCAUUAUGAAGAUAGCAUUCAGGUGCAUGGGGCCUAUGAUGGAAAGGAGAAAGAACAUGAAGAUACCAGGAAAGAAGAUGGGAGGGAGGAAGAGGAAGGACAGAUUGACCUCAGGAACCAAAUUGAUCCUGAGCAAAGCCUUAGAGGAGAUGUGUUCUUCUCUAAGGUUAACGAGGCCGUUCCAUUUGAUCUAUUCCUGGCCCAGAGAAAAGUUCUAACCUCAAAAUUAGUACACAAAGAUUUAAAUGUGUCAAUUGACUGCAGCUUUGAUCAGGGAAUUUGUGAUUGGAAACAGGAUACGGAAGAUGAUUUUGACUGGAAUCCUGCUGAUCGAGAUAAUGCUGUUGGGUAUUACAUGGUAGUCCCAGCCUUUGUAGGACAUAAGAAGGAUGUUGGCCGUUUGACACUUCUCCUUAACAACCUUCAGCCCCAAAGCAGCUCCUGCUUAAUGUUUGAUUAUCGACUUGCUGGAGAAAGAGUGGGGACACUUAAAGUACUUGUGAAAGAUAAAAAUAAUGCUCCUGCCUGGGAGGAGACCAGCAGUGAGGAUGGAAGGUGGAAGACUGGAAAAAUUCAACUGUAUCACGGAAUUGAGACUACCAAGAAUAUCAUUUUUGAAGCAGAACGUGGCAAGGGCAAAACCGGAGAGAUUGCUGUAGACACUGUCUUAUUAGUUUCAGGCCUAUGUCCUAAAGGCCUUUAAUCUAUGAAUUGCUGAAUGUGAUUUUUAAUUUUUCUUAUUAUUUGUCUUUAAGCUAGUACUAUAUUUUUUACAUAAUGACAUAGAUGUUAACACAUGCUAGAAAUGCUAAGAGAUUGAAACUCAUUAUGAAAUUUAUUUCUUAGUACCCAUUUUUAUCUGAAAUGUGCUAAUACUAGCUUUACAGCAUGGUACUCCUAUGUUUUGUCACUCAACUCUGGAUUGUUUCAUUAAGUAUAGAAAUGCCUAUCCAGAUUUUUGUAAUAUAUGGUCUUUAUUUUAUAUACAUGAGCUAUAGAAUUGCUAUAUUCAGCUUUUCCAAUUUUAAAAAAAGCACAAAGAAAUGUCCAAGUGAAAUGUAGUUUUAUGAAACUUCUAUGAAUUUGUCAUAAUUUUUACCUGUAGCUUAGCCUAUUGUUUAACAGUAAGUUUUAUAUUUACCUUUUAAAAAAUAACAGAUAU